GUUGCUGGUCAGAAUGUUGUCGUUACCCACCCCUAAUCUCGAUUUCUGGAUGUUCUUGUUCUGAGGCUUGCGUUGUUGUUGAUUGUUUCUUAUUGCUACCCUUAUUGAAUUUCCAGACAAAUCAACAGAUUCAAUGCCAUGACGGUCUGUACUAAUGGACAAGUUAUACUAGAAGAAAAAUAUCGACACCGCAGAUUCACGAAAUCAGAAGUGGUAGACUACGCCAAAUGGCUGGGAAUCAAUCUAAAACAAGAACCAGAAUUAUAUUCCUUAGUAUUUGAAGGAAUUAAGGCCCCACUUCCAGUUGGUUGGAAACCCUGUAUGAAUACUAGUGGAGAGAUAUACUACUUUAAUUUUUUCACAGGUCAAUCUACUUGGGACCAUCCUUGUGAUGUUUAUUACAAGCAUAAGGUACUAGAAUAUAGGAAAAAUAAAAGGCACACAAACGUAACUGAGAGAAAACAAAAGUACUCUAAAAAGGCACUCCAUAAAAAGACUUGGGAUACUUAUCAUGGAAUUAAGCUGCUUCACAUAGAAGCAUUUAGUAAACCAACCAGCAACCUGACACAGAACAAUGGAACUCCAAUGAGUAAUAAUUAUCAUUAUCAUAAUCUACAGCUUCUCAAUGAACAAUCAGAUUUUCGAAAUGUAGAUGGUAAAAAAUAUGAACCUUUAGUUAGCAAACUCAAGCCACUUGAAAAUAGCAGUGACCAACCUAAAAAAAGCACAGGUGUCCAAUAUGAAUCACCAUAUGAAGUGCAAACAAUUCCCAGCAAGGAGACUCGUGAAAAUGCUAACGCUCAGACAACAUUGACAUUGGUUAACCAAGUCGAUGCAAACCUGAACAUUUCAUUAUUAAGUAGUUCCGAGAAUCUUACUAACAGUAUAAAACCCAAAACACCAAAUGUGUCUAAAUCGCAUGAAGUUUCUGAAACCACGGAAGACGAACUAAACUCAAUCCACUACCAUAAAACAACAAACAACAAGAACACAUCAACAGACUUCCUGGUAUACAAACAACCAGAAGAAUCGACAAAUAGUAAAUCUAUCGACAAAAUCAACAACAAUAGUCCAAUCAAUAACCAUUUACAAACCAAUAUAGGCAUGGACUGCGUAACCGAAUUGUUAAGGCAAAUGGAACAAAAUCAUGAGGAAGUGCUGGGAGCAAGUUACAAGUUAUGUUCAAUGCAAAAAGAGCUAGUUAACUGGUGUAGUGAAAUCGAACAACGCCUAUAUAGCAUUGAUAGCAAAUAUAGGAUUAUUUUUUGUCAGGAUAGGAUAUUAAGUCGAAACAAUAAUCUACGUAUAUUUUUAGGACCACGUGAAAUCGGUCAACAGGAUUAUAUUCACACUAGUGUAUGCAAAAAAGCUACACCUAAUGAAUGUCCUCCACAUAACUCAUACAGUUCUCACUUGCCAGUUAAUAAAGAAAGAAGACGACCACAUUCUGGCGAUGAUCACCUAUUGAGGAGUGAAAAAAACAGUUAUACGGAAACAAGACCAAAUACAAUAGACACGAACUCUUUAUUAUCUAAAACAGCCCAGAUUGAAAACCUUGUUUCUAUCAGCAAUUCUAAAUCACAAAAUCUAGUGAAACACCUAUCAGUAGUCGAUCUGUCGAAACUACGACAUACUAUCACUGAUGGUAACAGAUUACCUAGUGAUUGGACCACAAUGCAAACAAAAUCAUACUAUAGAAGGUUUCUUGAUUCACCAAAAAAUCUCCCACAAGACGUGAUAAAUCAACAACUUGAAGAUUAUUCGAGAUGGCUAGAGCAAGCUGAAGCAUACAUGAAAACUUUACGAUCUGUUUGAAUAUUAUUCAAACAUCAGCAUAAGUCCAGUUAAACUGUGUACAAUGAUGUUGCUCAUACUACUAUUUGGUUAAGCUUUACAAACAAUAACGACAACAUUCUGAAUAUUAAAUGCUUCGAAUUAUUCGCCAUUGUAUACAAAUGUCUGACUAGAUGUCCAAUAAACCCAUUAUAAGAUUUA